AUGGACGCCAAGGAGAUUGAGCUGAAGUCGAAGGCUUUGAAUAAAGCCUCCGCUGCCGGUGAACCGAGUACCACGAUUAUCUCGAUGCUAAAGGAGCUCCAGAAAGGAAUUCAGCCCACCGAGGAUCUUUUACGCUCGACAAAAAUCGGUAUCAUAGUUAACAGACUCAAACAGCACAAGGCACCUGAAGUCGCCAGGCUUUCCAGCGAGAUAGUUUCGAAAUGGCGAGCGGAAGUCAACAAGCAGAAGAAAACCGCAUCCCCGGUGGCAAGCGAUUCCCCCAAAAGCGCUCCGAAUGGCACCUCCACCCCGGCGUCUGCGGCGGAUGAUAAGGCGCAAAAAUCAAAUGUACCACCAGACAAGCGUACCUGGAAGGCCGACCAAGUCAACACUGCAGUUACUGGCGUCAAAGCACGCGACAGUUGCCUUGGCCUGAUGUACGAUGGCUUGUGUAUCGGGUCUACCGAACCCGCUCGCGCAGUUUUGCAAAAAGCAACUGAGGUGGAGGCCGCAACGUUCAACACCUAUGGACCAGAAACCAAAGAACAAUACCGCACGAAGAUUCGCAGUUUGUACCAGAAUUUGAAGAACAAGUCGAAUCUUAGCCUCCGAACCCGUGUUCUCUCCGGUGAAGUGGCACCCGAGCGAUUCGUUACCAUGACCCAUGAAGAGCUGAAAUCCGAUGAGCGGAGAGAAGAAGAUCGCAAGAUCCAAAAGGAGAACAUGGACAAGGCAAUGGUUGGCCAGCCCGAGCGAAGUAUCAGUAAGAGUUUACAAUGCGGUAAAUGCGGACAGCGAAAGGUCACAUACACCGAGGCACAGACACGAAGUGCUGAUGAACCGAUGACCCUCUUCUGCACAUGUCUUGCUUGCGGAAAGUCAUGGCGCCAAUAA